AUGGGCACCGAGAUACCAGACACUCCAAGCAACAACACGUCGACAACAUCCAUCAACAGCACCCUGGAUCCAAAUGUCGUUCAGAAGGAUCAUAGGAACAGAGGGUUAUCUGUGGGAAGCAGUCGAUCCACAACCAGCAAACCUCGUCUCCAUCCCUCCCUCUCAUCUUCCUCCUUAUCCACCGUUUCCACCGUCAGCAAAAAAGCCAGCGAUAGCAACUUAGCACAGCGGCAGACUGAGUUUGAGAAGAACUUUACAAAGAGAAUGGACUUGGAACCUUUGGCAUCUUUCAAGGACCCGGCAUCCCCUUCCGAAUCACUCACAUUGCCCGAUGACUACAUGGCCAUCCUCGCAACCCAAGCAGCAGAUCUCCAAUCCUCCAUACUCAUACACGGUCGAUUGUGUCUCACGCGCUAUCACCUCUGUUUCCGUUCCAAUAUCAUCGGCAUCAUCACGAUGAAAGUACACGCGUUGUCCGAUGUCACGAGUAUCAGAAAAGGUACGACGGCCAAGUGGAUACAGAAUGCUAUUUAUGUCCGGGUGUUAGAGGUGGAUGACGAGGGGAACCAGGAGGAGCAGCAUUAUGGAUAUGGAAGCUUGUGGAACCGAGACUCGCUAUACGAUGCUCUCAUGGACUGCUGGAAGGUGAGAGCUCCGGAGCGGUACGCAGAGUUUAGCAAGAAGGAGGCGAUGGAGAAUGGUGAGGUGGAGAGCGAUGAGAGCGAGGAUGAGGAGGAUCAAGAGGUCGACUCGUCAGGUCCCCAGCUCAGGCGAACCACCGGAUCUGGUGAAGAGUACAAGGAACUAGCACUCAACGUGAAGAUCCCUCUGGAGCUGGAGCAGACUUAUAAUCUGCUAUACCAUAAUGAUCCGUUUACGACCGAUUUCUACGUCAACGAGAAGAAGCUGACUGACCUGAAGAUCUCCGAUUGGGUGGAAGGUGAAGAAACAGGGGAGAGAUCGAGAACGCUGACAUACGUCAUGCAUAUGAACAACACUCUCGGUCCCAAGAGCUCAAACUGCAAUGGCUCAGAGACUAUAGUGAUAGCUGAUCCUGAGACAUCUUUUAUCAUACGUACGAGAACCUGCUUGACACACGAUAUUCUGCAUCACAAGCAAGCUACUCGGAUCCACUGUACCACACAAGUCGACUGGUCAUCGUCGUCGAUCCUGAAGGGAACCAUAACCCCCGCCGUGAUCAAGGGCCAGAAAGAGCACCAUCAGCAGCUGAUACGAGCAAUAACCGAAUGGGUCAAAGCACGCCCCGACGAGUUCACAGGUGUAGAAGCUGAGCAUGUCGAGGUGAAGCACGAAGCGGAGAUUGAGCAAUCCACAGAAGAGGUGAAGGAGAAGAUCGGGAAGACGAUCAUGGAGCAUGCUGAGGAGAUACCGGAUAACCCAGUGAUGCUGAUUAUAACGGUGAUGUUUGUAAUAGUGUUACUGUUGUACAUUAAGGGUUAA